AUGGAGUUAGCCGAUACUCUAAGCAGAGCGCAUGGUUCACCAGAAGAGGCGACAGCGUUUGAGCGAGAAGUGGAGACAGUCAACAUGACAGAAUACUUGUCAAUCUCAGCGGCCAGAGUUGAUGAUAUUAAAGCUCAUACAGUAGACGACAGCGAGCUGCAAAAGGUGAUAGAAGUGGUAAGGAACGGUUGGCCAGAGAAAAAGAAGCAGUUACCAGUACAGGUGACGCCUUAUUGGUCGAUGCGAGACGAAUUGUCUACCCAAGAUGGGCUGCUGUUUCGGGGACAACGAGUGGUCGUACCAAAGAGUUUGCGCCAAGAAAUGAACAAACGUCUUCAUUCAGCGCAUAUGGGGAUCGAGAGCUGUUUACGAAGAGCGAGAGAGUGCCUUUAUUGGCCUGGAAUGAACAGCGAAGUGAAAGCAUAUGUCCAACAGUGCGAGACUUGUCGGGCGUUCGAUAGUAAACAGUCAAAAGAGCCGCUGCAUCCCCAUGAUCCUCCGGAAAGACCAUGGUCUAAAGUGGGAGUGGAUAUCUUCACGUUCAAUGGUCGUGAUUAUCUGCUGACGGUUGACUACUUUUCAAGCUAUUGGGAAAUUGAUCUGUUGGAGGGUACGAAAUCGAAGGCCGUGAUACGUAAGCUGAAAGCCCAGUUUGCAAGAUUUGGGAUUCCAGACGUAGUGAUGACGGAUAAUGGACCUCAGCUUUCGUCUAAAGAGUUCGAGAACUUUGGAAAAUUGUGGAAGUUCGAGCAUGUCACAUCAUCUCCAAGAUACCCGCAGAGCAACGGUAAAGUUGAGAGGGCAAUUCGGGAUGCUAAACAGUUGAUGAAAAAAGCGAAGAAAACUGGGAGUGAUCCAUAUCUGGCGUUGUUAGAUUAUCGUAAUACUCCCACUCAGUCGCUGGGAAGCAGCCCAGUGCAACGUUUGAUGAGCAGACGCACAAAGUCGCUUUUACCAACCACCAAGGCACUGUUACGCCCGAAAGUAGUCAAUAACGUAAUAAAGAAGAUCAAGGCACGUCAAUUGAGGGCAAAGAAGUAUUAUGAUCGAGGUACGAGAGGUUUAACCGAGCUGAAACGAGGGGAAACAGUGAGAAUAGUUCCGGCAAGCCAAGAGAGAACUGGAGCUCAGAAGGCAAAAAUACAGCGCAAGGUUGGAAUUCGCUCGUAUGAGGUGGUCACUGAGGGUGGUAAGGUGUAUUGUAGAAAUCGACGGCAUCUCCGAAAGAACCUCUGA